AUGCAGAUCUCUAUCGGUGUUUCGCCCAGCGCCAGCCUGGAAGUCCCAAGUUGGUGCGUUGCCCUUGUCGGAAAGGAUUUUUGCAGCAGCCUGUUCACGGGGGAUGGAAGAGAAGUAGAUGCCCUUCUGAGGAACCCAGAUCGAGGCGACGACGUUGUUGCCACCGGCCUUGGUCUUGAGAGGAAGCUCAUCCCACAACCGGUAGGUGACGGCGCGCAGGUUCUUGUCGAACUUCGCGAUGUCUUCGGGAGUCUUGGUCAUUUCAGUGGCCCUGGUCGUCCACGGGAUAAAGCCGUUGACGGUCAGCCCAUCGUCUCCGACUUUGGUCACAACAUGGUUAAUGUUAAAGUCAGGAGGGUCCAGAGGGCCUUUUGGCACACAGCCUUCAACUCUCUUGCAAGGCUGAUUGCCUGGCUUCGGCUCCGGCUUGGGAACAGGAACGGGCUCAGGCUUGAUGACAGGAAUACGUCCAGGGACAUUUCCAGGAACGUCUGGUACGAUCGGCUUCGGGAUAACCGGCUUUGGGAUUGUAAUUCCAGGAACCUCAAAUCUUGGAAGCAGUGCAGCCAGGUCCCUUCGAUCGACUAG